GGCGGCGCCGCUGCAGUGCGGGACCCGCUCGCCCGCGGUCCCGGCUUCCUCGGCUUCCCCGCGUCCGUGAGCAGUUGUCUCGGGCUUCGGGCGCCGCGCAUGCAGGAGGCCGGAAGCGAGGCCACCAUGGCGUCCCCGUCCUCCUGCCCGGUGGAGGAAGAUGAGAGUCUGAAGGGCUGUGAGCUGUACGUCCAGAAGCACGGCGUUCAGCAGGUCCUCAAGGACUGCAUCGUCCACCUCUGCAUCUCCAAGCCCGACAGGCCCAUGAAGUUCCUGCGGGAGCACUUCGAGAAGCUGGAGAAGGAGGAGGCCAGGCAGAUUCUGACGCAGCAGAAGUCAGACUCCCACGACGAGGAGGUCUCUCCGACCCCGCCAAACCCCGUGGUGAAAGCCCGCCGCCGCCGAGGGGGUGUGAGUGCCGAGGUGUACACGGAAGAGGAUGCCGUGUCCUAUGUGAGGAAGGUCAUCCCCAAGGACUACAAGACCAUGACGGCGCUGGCCAAGGCCAUCUCCAAGAACGUGCUGUUUGCUCACCUGGAUGACAAUGAGAGAAGUGACAUAUUCGAUGCCAUGUUUCCCGUCACGCACAUCGCCGGGGAGACCGUCAUCCAGCAAGGGGAUGAAGGCGAUAAUUUCUACGUGAUAGACCAAGGAGAAGUGGAUGUGUACGUUAAUGGAGAGUGGGUGACCAGCAUCAGUGAGGGGGGCAGCUUUGGGGAGCUGGCACUCAUCUACGGCACCCCCAGGGCAGCGACUGUGAAAGCCAAGACGGACCUCAAGCUCUGGGGCAUCGACCGGGACAGCUACCGGCGAAUCCUCAUGGGCAGCACGCUGAGAAAGCGCAAGAUGUACGAGGAGUUUCUCAGCAAGGUCUCCAUCCUGGAGUCCCUGGAGAAGUGGGAGCGCCUGACCGUGGCCGACGCCUUGGAGCCUGUGCAGUUUGAGGACGGAGAGAAGAUUGUGGUCCAGGGGGAGCCGGGGGAUGACUUCUUCAUCAUCACGGAGGGCACAGCCUCAGUCCUCCAGCGCCGGUCCCCCAAUGAAGAGUAUGUGGAGGUGGGGCGUCUGGGGCCCUCCGACUACUUUGGGGAGAUUGCGCUGCUGCUGAACCGUCCCCGGGCGGCCACCGUGGUGGCCCGGGGGCCUCUCAAGUGCGUCAAGCUGGACCGGCCCCGCUUUGAGCGGGUGCUGGGCCCUUGCUCCGAGAUCCUCAAAAGGAACAUCCAGCGCUACAACAGCUUCAUCUCCCUCACCGUCUGAGCCCCGCCCCGUUGGAGUCCCACCCCCCGAGGCCCCGCUUCCCUCUGAGUGGUCUAUGUCCGAGGGUCGCGGGGGCGGGGGUGGGGUGCGCCCCUCCCUCUGGACUCCUGUUUGGAAUAAAACAGUCACCUCGUGCAUUUCAAACACAAAGGGCCCCCAAGACCCCCAGGCCUUGGAGGUGCCAGUGUCCCCCCCCCCCCCCCCGCCUCGGACCUCCCCCUGCAGCUUUCGGGCUCCUUUGCCGGAACCCAGCCUCACUCCCCCCCAAGUCUCUGGGGGUGCAGGGGCCAGCCGUGAGUCCAGGCCCCCCCACCCCAGGGAGCUGGACUGGGCUGACUGAUCAGUUCUUGUACUUGUCCCCCCACCUCGCCCCAUGCCCCAGGGCCCAGGGGUCAGGUCACCAGGGCUGCAGUCUGAGUAUCACUCAGUGAGGUCAAAGGGGGUAUCCCACAGGGAUCCUCCUUGCAGGGAGUCCACGUCAGGGAGAGAAGCUCCCCGCUCCAGAGGGUCCUGCUGUAGACCUCUGGCGUGAGAAUAACUGAAGGUGGCCCUGCCUCAGAGAGGAGGGGACCCCAUCUGGCCACAGGUGAGCCCCCCCCACCUCCUGGGGCCUAGGCUGGCAGGAACCCCUAGAGGAGCUAUGCCCUUGGCUUUCCAGGGAUAUUACCCCUUGGGGUGGCUGGCGUGCCCAACAGUUAGGGGCAGCAGGUCACCCUCGCUGGGCCGGACGCCCCGGACAGGAAGGAGACGCCAGGAGCUGGGGACUUUCCGCUGUCCGGGGAGCACUGUCCUCUCAGGGUCGGGUGGAGCAGAUGGUGUUUGCUUCCUUGUGAGCAGUUCCUCAGGGACCUCAUGAGGUAGAGGACACGUUUUCUAGACACGCUCUGGGUUCGGCUGCGACCCCCAGGGGCUCCUCAGCUGCCCAGCAGGUGCCCCACUGGCCACUAGCCCUUGCUCUGGGAAACAGGUGCUUUCCAAGCCUCUGUCCUCCCGAAGCAGGAAAAAAUAAGAGACCGAACAGCCAGGCCCCACACGCCCGUCAAUGACCGAUUGAACCCCCACUUAGAUGUGUUUUCAGGCCACGUCAACUGGAGGUACAGAGGCCUGGGGGCAGGACAGAGAGCCUCGUGGUGCCCCUGGUGACAGAACAAGAAUGAGAUCGUGCAGCCAGCCCGGUUCUGCCCUCCUGUGCGCGUCCGGGAAGCCGCCAGUUGGAGGCACCCCCCCAGCCAGCCCUGCCUUUGCCCGUGGAUUCCCCGUGAUGCGCGAGCCCACCGUGUGCGCCGUGAAGCGCUCAGUGCUGCAUGUGUAUUAAAUGUGCCGUGAAGUACCUCUUCCCAG